AUGGAGAGGUACUUGGAACAGCAACCUGCAAUCCAUGCUGCCCUGCUGAGUCCUCAGGUUGCAAAAGAUGAUGCUGAACAUUACACUCUCAACAAAACAGAACUGGAGAACGCAGCACAUGCAGUGAAGGCAUUAAGACCAAUGAAAGAUGUCACUACAUUGAUGUCAGAGGAGAAGAAUCCAACAGUAUGUCUGAUUUCAUCUCUGUAUGCACAGCUCCUUCAGGACAUGUCAGACACCACUGGUGACUCACCUGUGAUCCGUGAGAUUAAGAAUGCCAUCAGAACAGAUAUCCUAAAGAGAUACAACUCUGAGGAAGAGAAGAAGUUGCUUUAUACAGCCUCUGCUCUGGAUCCACAUUUUAAGGGACUGCCUUUCCUCACAGCAGAUGAGAGAUUGAAGAUCUACAGAACUGUCGUGACAGAGGCUGCAGCAUUGGAGGAAACUGAAGCAGAUGAAAUGCCUGCUGGAGCCAUGGAUUCAGGAAUCCAGGAAGAAGACAUGCUGUGUGUGGAGGACAACAUGCACAGGAAGGACAAUGUUCCCUCCUGCCAAUCUGCUGCCAAAAGGAAGGCCUCAUCAUCACUACUCGUGACUUUGCUUGGACAUACAUUCACUGACAAUGAGGCUGCAGUGCAAAACAAAACCAGCUAUUCCAGGGCUGAGGAGCAAGUGGACAACUACUGCAGAGCUCCAUCUCUGCCUCUCACAGAAGAUCCCUUGAACUGGUGGCAUGGCCACGAGUUCACCUUUCCUCUCCUGUCCAAGCUGUCAAAGAGAUACUUGUGUAUCCCAGGGACAAGUGUGUCUGCAGAGAGGGUCUUCUCCACUGCAGGAGAUGCUGUCACUUCUCAAACCAGAACAUGUCGAUCACCUAGUGUUCUUACACAAAAACCUUGA